AGUUAACACUAGUUUUGGAAGAUAUGCAAAGGAUAUUUGUCAGAUAAAUCUCUCUGCUUUAAAAAAGGCAGCUAUACUCAGAGUAGCAGCUUUUAAAGUCGGCAAAUGUGAAAUCUCGCCGGAAAUUUUACCGGAAAAACGCCAAUAUAAAUUGCUACAUUCAUUUUUGACAGUAUUUGUUUGAGAAAUGCAAGAUAUACAUCCGAUCGGCGCCGGUGGAGGACGGUUUUUUGGUGGUGGAGGAGACAGGAGGCUAAGGCCUAGCCAUCACCAAAACCAGCAAGUUUUGAAGUGUCCACGUUGCGAUUCUCCAAACACCAAAUUCUGUUACUAUAAUAACUACAAUCUCUCUCAGCCGAGACACUUCUGCAAGAGUUGCCGGAGGUACUGGACUAAAGGCGGCGUCCUCCGUAACGUCCCCGUCGGCGGUGGCUGCCGGAAAAGCAAGCGUUCCAAGCCCAAGUCCAGUACUCUUCCUUCCAACGCUGCUGCCGAAGCUGCCGACGCCGCUUCGGAGGAACGUAAGUCAAACUCUAAUUCUAGCAGUGAAAGUUCCAGCCUUACUGCAACCACACCCGCCGCGGCCGCGGCGAAUACCACCGGUUCUGCCACCGCGGAGGUUGUGUCGGCAGCUUCUUCCAACUCAGCUUCAACUUUUCUUAACUUUCACGAAUCCAACUUCUUCCUACCUAAUAGUACGAACCAAAGCUUUGAUCAUCAGCCAUUAAUGGACCAUUCUGCCGAUGGCCAGAUUUUCCAGGACAUUGGGAACUUUACGAACUUUAUGACGUCAUCUACCGAUCCUUCGGCAGUAGGGUUUAACAUGAUAGAAAUUCCGUCGUACCGGUUGCCGGAAAACCAGAACUCAAAUGAGCAGUGGAAUCAACCGUCGAAGAUGGUGGGAACAGAUCAGCCGGUUAGUGACUUGAAGAUGGAACAAAUGGAUACAAGUUUCAUGAAUCAAACGGGUCGGAUCGAAUUUGGGUUACAGCAGAACAAGGUAAACAACAGUGAGAUCGCUCCACUGGAUUGGCAAACUGGAGGUGGUGGUGGAGAUGGAGAGCAUGGGCUGUAUGAUUUAACGGGAACCGUUGAUCAAUCUUACUGGAGCCAAACACAGUGGGGUGAAAACGUGAAGGGGUGUAUUGAAGAGGCAAUUAAGUAAAUAAAAUGUUCGUUCAAUUGCUUAGACUAAUGCAUAAUCAUUUUUAAUGAAUAUCUUGGAAUUUGGAAUGGGAAUGUAGUUGAAGAAGCUUUGUUGUUGGAUUUAGACAAUAAGAUAGAAUAUUAGGGAAAUGUACGGACAGCAGAGAUUUAGGGUGCCGGGAAGUAAAUGAGCAAUGGAGUUGCGGGAAAGCCAUGUGGUCGGCUGGUGAAGAGGGGGGACCGCCAUUGGAGAAAGGGUCGAAAGUCCCUAGCUCGAUUAUGGUUGUAACGUGGCAUGAUAUGUGCAAGUGGGAGUACGUGUGGUGAUGUGAUUGGACGUACAAGUGGGCCAUCUAGGUCGGUUUGUCCUGUAGUUUGCAGUAUUUCUCUCUCUAGAACUGACAAGCGUAGGGGGAAAGACUGCCAGAGGAAGUAUCUUAUUACUGUUUGAUUUUGUGAUUUAAAGGUUUUUGAAAGGGCAAAUUCUACUUUAUACAUA